GCUCUUCCCAUUGAGCAUUAAGGUAUGUUUACUUUUCAUUCUAGCAUUCUUGCUUCUCUUAACCAGCAAAGCAAAAGCUGGAGAUAUUGUAGUCUAUUGGGGCCAAGAUGUAGGAGAAGGUAAAUUGAUUGACACAUGCAACUCUGGUCUCUACAAUAUUGUCAACAUUGCCUUUUUAUCUUCUUUUGGCAAUUUCCAAACUCCUAAACUUAACUUAGCUGGCCAUUGUGAACCAUCAUCUGGUGGUUGCCAAAAGUUGACAAACAGCAUCAGACAUUGUCAAAGCAUAGGAAUUAAAAUCAUGCUCUCCAUUAUUGGAGGUGCAACUCCUAGUCCUACCUACACAUUAUCCUCAGUUGAUGAUGCUAGACAAGUUGCUGAUUACCUUUGGAACAAUUUUCUCGGCGGCCAAUCAUCUUUUAGGCCCCUUGGAGAUGCUGUAUUAGAUGGCAUAGAUUUUGAUAUUGAACUAGGCCAACCACAUUAUAUUGCACUUGCCAAGAGACUUUCAGAACAUGGCCAACAAGGUAAAAAAAUAUACUUAACUGCAGCACCACAAUGUCCUUUUCCUGAUAAACUUGUUAAUGGUGCAUUGCAAACUGGCUUAUUUGACUAUGUUUGGGUCCAAUUUUACAACAAUCCUGAGUGCGAGUUCAUGAGCAAUUCAGAAAAUUUCAAGAGGAGGUGGAAUCAGUGGACAUCAAUCCCUGCAAAGAAGUUGUAUAUUGGACUUCCAGCAGCUAAGGCAGCCGCGGGUAGUGGCUAUAUACCAAAGCAAGUGCUAAUGUCACAAGUUUUACCAUUUCUUAAAGGGUCUCCAAAGUAUGGAGGUGUCAUGCUUUGGAAUAGAAAAUUUGAUGUCCAAAGUGGCUAUAGCUCUGCUAUCAGGGGUGCUGUUUAAGUUCUGAAUAAACGGGGCGCCCCUGGAUCGCUCUAAGCCAUCUUUAAGGCCUAAAUAAAGCAAGUAAAUUUCCUGUUAUCUGCCUUGAAAGUACAUGUAAGAGUUAUAAUUUGUACUGAUGAAAA